GAGUCCCUGCGUUGAGGAGCGCUGGACUUGGAGUCAGAUCGACCUGACUGCGAAUCCCCGCUUCUCCACUUUCUAGCGCUGUGACCUUGGUUUUCAGGUGGCGAAACUGACCGGUCUUGUUAGAACGCGUCCAAGUCAAGCCGCAGUGCUCUUUGGAUUUUUAAAUUUCUCCUGAGUGAGAAAAUAGCAAUCGAGAUGGAGCCAUCCGCACAACAGCUCCAGCUGGCAUCACCGCCUCCCACUGAUCAAUCCCACUUCUGCCAAGACACUGAAAUGCCAACUAUGUCGAGGCCUGCACUUGAUGUCAAGGGUGGCACCUCCCCUGCAAAGGAGGAUACCAACCAGGAGGUGAACUCUCUGGCCUACUCUAACCUGGGGGUGAAAGAUCGCAAAGCAGUGGCCAUUCUGCACUACCCUGGGGUAGCCUCAAAUGGAACCAAGGCCAGUGGGGCUCCCACUAGCUCCUCUGGAUCUACAUCACCAAUAGGGUCUCCUACUGCUAGCCCUCCCACUAAGCCCCCACCCUUCAACCUGCACCCUGCCCCUCACCUGCUGGCUAGUAUGCAGCUGCAGAAACUUAAUAGCCAGUAUCAUGGGAUGGCUGCCGCCACUCCAGGCCAACCCGGGGAGGCAGGGUCUCUGCAAAACUGGGGCUUUGGGGCUCAGGGAGGAGGGACAGGAUCAGUUUCUCCUUCUGCUGGUUCCCAGAGCCCUACUAUCAUUGAUUCUGACCCAGUGGAUGAGGAGGUGCUGAUGUCACUGGUGGUGGAACUGGGACUGGACCGGGCCAAUGAGCUUCCUGAGCUGUGGCUGGGGCAGAACGAGUUUGACUUCACUGCGGACUUUCCCUCCGGCUGCUGAUGUCAAUAUCUCAAAUGAUGGAGGAAUAAAGCCACCAAUUGUGAUGUAAAUAAAAAUAAACUUACUUGCAAAGAGAUAGGC